AUGAGCCGCUCCGGGAGCUGGGACAUGGACGGGCUACGCGCGGACGGCGGGGCCGCGGGGGCCGCCCCGGCCUCCUCUUCCUCCUCCUCCGUGGCGGCGGCGGCGGCGCCGGGCCAGUGCCGGGGCUUUCUCUCCGCGCCAGUGUUCGCCGGGACACAUUCGGGGCGGGCGGCGGCGGCGGCAGCGGCGGCGGCGGCUGCUGCCGCGGCCUCGGGCUUCGCAUACCCGGGGACCUCUGAGCGCACCGGCUCCGCCUCGUCGUCGUCUUCGGCUGUGGUCACGGCGCGCCCGGAGCCUCCCCCCGCCAAAGAGUGCCCGGCGCCCGCGCCCGGCGCCGCCGCUGCAGCAGCGCCCCCCGGCGCUCCCGCGCUGGGCUACGGCUACCACUUCGGCAACGGCUACUACAGCUGCCGGAUGUCGCACGGCGUGGGCUUACAGCAGAACGCGCUCAAGUCGUCGCCGCACGCCUCCCUGGGGGGCUUCCCGGUGGAGAAGUACAUGGACGUGUCGGGCCUGGCUAGCAGCAGCGUACCGGCCAACGAGGUGCCCGCGCGAGCCAAGGAGGUGUCCUUCUACCAGGGCUACACGAGUCCCUACCAACACGUGCCCGGCUAUAUCGACAUGGUGUCCACUUUCGGCUCCGGGGAGCCUCGGCACGAGGCGUACAUCUCCAUGGAGGGCUACCAGUCCUGGACGCUGGCCAACGGGUGGAACAGCCAGGUGUACUGCGCAAAGGACCAGCCACAGGGGUCCCACUUUUGGAAAUCGUCCUUUCCAGGGGAUGUGGCUCUAAAUCAGCCGGACAUGUGUGUCUAUCGACGGGGAAGAAAGAAGAGGGUGCCCUACACCAAACUGCAGCUCAAAGAACUGGAGAACGAGUAUGCCAUUAACAAGUUCAUUAACAAGGACAAGCGGCGGCGGAUUUCGGCUGCCACGAACCUAUCCGAGAGACAAGUGACCAUUUGGUUUCAGAAUCGAAGAGUGAAGGACAAGAAAAUUGUCUCCAAGCUCAAAGAUACUGUCUCCUGAUGUGGGCCAGACUGGCCGUAGACAGUUUAAAUGCCUUUACUCGUCUCCAAAAGACCUUGGGAAAGACUUGAAUAUGUAUUUAAUGCCCCACAUCCCCUGCCAGUGAUGGCAAAUUUUGUGAAUUGUUUUUCUCUCUUCUCCUUAUCUGGCUCUGAAACCUUUUUGCUGCCCAACCUGACUUUGUAGCUCUGUUCCUUACAUGUUUAUUAUUGAUUUUGUUUUUGUCCAGGUUUUUGUUUGUUUGUUUUAAUGAUUUUUUUUAGUGUUCUGUUUCUCCCUCCAGGCCAGUAUAAAGGACUUGAAGUAUUUUUUUUUUUUUAAUAAUCCUCCUUCCCCCCAAAGAAUUUCAGAAGUGCCAUUCUGAUUUAAGGAUUUUUUUUUUUUAAAUCACUUUACAUGUCUGUUUCCAGCACUGAUUAUCUUCAUAAUCCAUUAGGGCAGAACGAUUUGCAGUCAUUCAUAUCCUGUGAUUGGGUAAUUGAAUCAUUAGCUCUCAGCAGUUGCCCUGAGGCAAGUGGAGAAACAGCUCUGGGCUGGCAGUGCUCUGGGGUCACCAGGAAAGUCCUGAAAGCAGGAGGCUGCCGGUACAGCAGUGGCUUUAAAAGCAGCAACCUUAUUAAAGUAGAGUUUGUAUCAGUAUUGGAAUGAAGACAAUCUUUCCAAGUCCAUCUUUCACACUUGUGUUUGUUAUAUAUUUUUAAGACACCUGUAGAUUUGUGCUUUUAUCAUCUUUAAUUUGAAAAUAUGUUCACAUAGAUGCCUUCAUUUUUUGAACUCUAGAGGCAGACAUUUAAAUGGUGCAACUGGCAGAGUGACCCGUGGAUGGUAUAAGUGCACCCUAUUUCCUUGGCCUUGGAUCUGUAAGAAUGGGAUUGAGGCCACCUCAAUCCCUCAAACAGACUGAAUCGCGUGGCGCCGUGGAUAGAAACUUUUGUCCAAAACCCAAUGAAGAGCUUUGCUGUCUGAACAAAUGCAUCAGGCCUCAUAUGGAGCUUUAAAACACCUAACAAAUGCAAAAAAUGUGGCGCUCACUGUAGGGUCCAAGGAGAAAAAAGAAAGAUGUUUCUGAAAGCGAUGAUAAGUAACUACUUUUUAAAGUGCUGCAUAUUUAUACAACUGAGAGAUUAUUUUUGUAGUUGCAAUGUCUGUGAGCUGGGAUAUGUGGGCAGUGCUUCAGGCAUUAAAAAAAAAUCACUUUUUACUCCUAGGGAGAUGCAAAUAAACAGAACUGUCUCACUCUCUCGUUUCCUGUGAGUCUUCAUAGAUUCGUUUUCUUUUUACAAGCUUAUGUGCCUCCAGAAACUCUUCUUAUUUAUUAUAAAAUCUUGCUAUCCUGAACACUAUGAUGAAGGAUACUCAACACCAGUUCUGCUUUCUGAAACCUGCACGCUCUCCACUUCUGCCCCCUCUUCCUUCCCUGUGGAUUUAACAUAGCGAUGUUUUUUAAAUGAGGAUAUGAUUUGUGGCGUCUAAAAUGAUAUUUUUAUCAGACCAGAUCAAA